AUGGACGUCUAUCCGCAUAUGAAAAUGAUGAAAAGGCCUUUUUGUAUUUUGGUGCUUUUUCUUUUGACAUCGAAUGUUGUGUUUUGUGAAAGGUGCUCUCGCGUGACUCAGACGUUGCAAUGUGGAGAUUUGGCUUGUGAUACUGAUCGUGGCGUUUGCGUCCCUUGUAAUACAUCGGCUGAUUGUUAUCCUAAUGCCAUGGAAUGUAAGGAAGGAAAGUGUGUUGUUAAGAGCUUUGUCAGCAACUUUUCGGCCCUUUAUGUUGUGGCACUCCUUUGUUCGGUUGCCGUUUGUUCCAUUGCUGUUUUGGCUGGUGUUGGAGGUGGCGGUAUUCUUGUGCCCAUGUUCUGUUUGCUCAUGGGGUUGCCGAUGGAUUUUGCUGUGGGGUUAUCUCAAUCUACUAUAUGCGGACAAAGCAUUUUGAACGUGCUCAUUGCCAUUCGGAAGCGUUUUCCUUGUGCUGGAUGCUCACGUCCUUUGAUCAAUUAUCAGUACCUGACUCUUCUUGUUCCACUCGGUGUCAUUGGUACUCUCAUUGGAGGAGUGCUGAACAGGUUGUGUCCAGAUUUGUUUCGUUUGGUUUUACUGUUUCUUCUCCUUACGGCUGUUUUGUAUCGCAGCGUGCGAAAAAUGAUUGCACAAUACCGGGAAGAUCAGUCUGAGAGGAGAGGAACGAAUACGGUUUCAUAUGCAGAAGAAGUUAGCGGAACACCAACAUUGAAUUCACAUGAAGAAAUUUUUCACGUUACCCAACCCCAGUAUCCAUGGAUAGAAAUUUCAUGUG